UUCAAUACGGCUGUGCGUUAAAACGCAGGGAGAGGGAGAACUUGAGAAUCAAGACGACAAAUCCAACUGGAAGCGGAAUUAAGGCGCAGUUUAUUUGCAGGACCAGAAGUGCGGUUGGAUAUCGCAUACUCUCGCGCUCUCUAGUUCCUUUGCGUUACAAUUUGUAUCACUGCUUCAGUAAUACAGUGUUGGCAACACUCAAAGUUGCAUCAGAAGGGUGAGUUUCACUCUCCUUUCUGCGUCCCGUUCCCAAUGAACCCAGCGCACUUGGAGACUGGGGGCAAGCCAAGCAUGGGAUUACUUUUGUGAUGUGGAUUGUAAUAGCCUUGGAGAAAAAAAAAUAUUUACUUUUCAACAAUGUGAGAGGACCUGCGUCCUGGAUUUUCAUAUAUCUGGAUAUUCUGAAAAUAAUCGGCAACAGCUGAGAGACGCUGUAACCUAUUUGCUGUGGAGCUCUCUCUCUCUCUCUGUCUCUCUCUCUGUCUCUCUCUCUAAGGUGUCUCGCCUGUUUGCGUGUUGUGGGACCAACAUGGGAUUCUUGUUGCCCCUGUAGCUCGGACCCCGUUUGUAGAAGGCUCUACUCAUGUCUAACUUGUUUUCUGAGACCUUUACCGAUGCGAUUGCUGAAGUCCGCCUAUCGUCGGAUAGGAUUUUAAAAAGAUUUAUUCGCUUCAUAAAUUCAAUCAUGAACUUUGCUGUCCGCGUGCUCCAGUUGUUUCUUGUGACGCUUCUGUAUUUUUCAGCUGUCAAGAGUGCCUACAUACCCAAGGAGGGAGGCAGAAGCACGUAUGACGUGGUGCCAUUUAUGGAGGUGUAUAACAAGUCUGUCUGCCGUCCACGUGAAGUGCUGGUGGAAAUUCAGCAGGAGUACCCUGAUGACAUCGAGCAUAUCUUCAUCCCGUCCUGUGUGGUUCUGACCCGCUGUGCUGGGUGCUGCAGUGAUGAGAUCAUGGAGUGCACCCCCACCAUCACCUACAACAUUACUUUGGAGAUCAAAAGAGUGAAACCACUUCGUCAUCAAGGCAACAUGUUCAUGAGUUUUACAGAACACAGUGAAUGCCAAUGUCGGGUGAAGAAAGAUGUUUCAGAAAAAAGAGAAAACAGUCAGUGUGAGCCUUGUUGCAGCACGUGUGCUGAGAGGAGAAGAAGGUUGUUUGUUCAAGAUCCAGAGACGUGUCUGUGCUCCUGUAAACACUCAGAAGCCGACUGCAGGUCUAGACAGCUUGAACUCAACGAAAGGAGCUGCAGAUGUGACAAACCAAGAAGGUGAAGCAAACCGAAUCAGGCCAAGAAUGGACUCUGACAUGAAGGAAUAUUUCACCAGUAAUUCACAGCACUUUGAACUUUCAGUUUUGAACUUUCAUCUCAUUUCUUUGAGCAACACGGAGAGAAUGAGAGAAUGAAGUAAAGGGGUUUUGGGAAGUGAAAUGUUCUGUCUGUAUGUUUUUCGUGAUUUGUGCGCGUAUUAAGCGAACCGAGAGACUGAAACACAGAAUUUGAUUUGCUGCUAAAGUGUCUUCCGAAAAGACCUGCGUAAACGUUUCUGAUCUUGGCUGGUGUGCGUAAACUCGUAAUCAAAAUCACUCACUGAAACACAUCACUGGAUUUUAGGUCUGCUGUGCAGUUUUUCAUGUGAAUUUAAACCAAUGAACAAGUAACCGUUUGAAAGUCUGUGACGAUACAUCACCGUCCACUACAUGGAUACGAAGUGUUCAUUGGAAUCAUUCCUCCCAGUACGAGGACAGCGAGCACAAUGUUUCUGUUUUUUAAAGAGACAAUUUUCCGGGUCUGAGAGGUUUGACGGAAGACUGAACUAAUUGGAAUGUCACACAGUGACACCAUGGAAACCUGCCUGCCACUGUGUUAAAUGUUUGCACCAUGUUCUGACCUUGACCAGGCAAAUGCAAGAAGAUUUUGGUCGCAUUCACUCCAAAAUCUCCAUUAUUUGGUAUGUUUGGAAAAACCACUUUGAGUAGAUCAUGUGACUAGAUUCCAUGCUUCCACACUACUGGUGUUUUGAAAUAACAAAGAUUUAAUUGUCGUUCAGUAAGUCUUGGAAUUUUAGUCCAAAUCUAUUCCACCAAACAAUUCAGUAAUUUAUGAGUUUAUUUUGUAGAAUAUAUUCAGUAUUCUGUCUCUUUGUAUUUAAUUUGACCUAUUUAUGUGCAGUGUUAUGGUAAGAUGAACCCAUUCUCCCUUGUUUCGUCUGCAAUACUGCAAAUCUCCACGGCUGCCUAGAGAAAAAAGCUUUUCGCCCUGUUUUAUUUCUCCGUAGAUGAACAGAGAAACAUUCCUGUUGCUGAUCAGUGAGUUAUGUUGCCAAAUGACUUGAUUUUGCCGCCUUCUGCAAACGUGUGUGUGCCGUGUGAUCUCAAACAAUUAGUGUGAAUGUGAUAUUGUGUGCAGAUGUGGCUUGUGUAUGUGUUGAUGAACACGUUAUUACGUGAGUGUGGCAUACGUAUUGAAUAACAAUAUAGCAGCCAAAUGUAAAUAUAGGCUGCCAAACCCACGCCACCAUUUAUUUUUACUAUCAUAAAAUCUAACAAGCUGAUACGGUGUAUGUUUAAAUGUGGUCUGAUUUGAUUGGAGUUUUACUGUUUAAACAUUAUUUAUUUACUCCCUGUAAAUAUGUUGAAUAUUAACAUCUUUUUUUGUGUCUCUGUAAUGUAGUAAAGCAUAUUUAUUUUCAAAUUAUAUUGCCCAUUUUCUAUAAAACUUUCUUUGGAAACGAUUUCGUUAAUUUGAUGUGUGACGAUUACAUGAAAACACCUCAUAUAAUAAUAAUUGAUCUAUUGUCACACAUUAUGCAUAAAUGUUUUUGCAUAUAUACAGUGAAAUUUAUUUUUUUCACAUAUCUCAGCUAAGCUGGGGUCAGAGUGCAGGGUCAGCCAUGAUACGGCACCCCUGGAGCAGAUAGGGUCAAGGGUGUUGCUCAAGGGCCCAACAGUGGUGCCUUGGUGGAGUUGGGGAUUGAACCCCUGACCUUCUGGUCAGUAACCCAGAGCCUUGACCACUGAGCCAUCACUUUUAGUGCUUUUUUUUUUUUUUAGAUGCCAAAAACGUUUGUAUUUAAUAUUCAUAAUAAUUAGGUUCCUUUGCGUAAAGUAUAAAGUUAUCAGCAGGCCAAGACGAAAUCUGUGACUGAAUAGAUUUUUAGCAGAAUUGCUGAUUUUGGAAUUCCAAAAAUAAUAAUUCUGGAAUUCUGUGGAAUGCAUAGGGCUGCUCUGGGUUCUGUACAAGUUAACCUCAAUCAGCAUUUGUGGCAUAAUGUUGAUUACCACAAAAAUGUAUUUCGACAUGUCCCUCCUUUUCUAUAAAAAAGGGAAAUUCAAGAUUAUAGUGAGGCACUUACAAUGGAAGGGAAUAGGGCCAAUGUUUGAAGGGUUUAAAAGCAGAAAUGUGAAGCUUAUAAUAUUAUAAAAGUACGAACAUUAAUUCUACUGUUAAAACUCAUGUAUUAUUUGAGCGGUACAUUUGUUUAAAUCGUAAUUUUUGCAGUUGUUUUAGGGUUCCAUCAUCAUUGUAACAAUGUUGUAGAAUUGUCGAUAACUUUAUUAAGAAAAGGUUAGUAAGUGAUUAUAUCACAAUAAAAUCAUGUUUACAUGCAUAUUGUUUGUCUUGUUUCUAUUGUUUCAAAAAAUGGAGUAUUUUAACGUUCAAAAAUUAUCCCAUUCACUUCCAUUGUAAGUGCCUCACUGUAUCCUCGAUUUUUGCUUUUUUUUAAAGAAAAGGGGGGAUGAGACAAAUUUAAAUUUCUUUUGUAAUCAGCAUUACGCCACAAAUGCUGUCGAUUGAGAUUAACUUGUAGUGAACCCGGAACAUUCCUUUAAAUAUGGUGAAAUGUGAUAAAUUGUACUUUAUGAAUGGUGAAGGUUUCUAAUACUGCAGAAAUCCUAAUUUUAGUUUUCAGUCAGCUAUUUAUUACUAAUUUUGUUAUAUAUCAUAAAUGAGAUGAUAAUCAUGAUUAACUCGAUUACACUGUUGUAUCAGUACUUAAGGGAAUAGUUUGGGUUCAAUACAAGUAUAGCUCAAUCAACAUCAUUUGUGGCAUAAUGUUAAUUACCACAAAAUAUUAUUUCGACUUCCCCCUCCUUUUCUUAAAAAAAAAGAAGCAGAAAUCGAGGUUACAGUGAGGCACUUACAAUGGAAGUGAAUGGAAUAAUUUUUUUAUGUUAAAAUACUCACUUUUUCAAAAGUAUAGCCAAAGACAUGAGCAAUAUCCCAAUUUUACAACUUUGUUGCUAUGACGACCUAAUGUCCUAAACCUUAUACCCCAAAAAUUACUUUAAAAAUGUCCAUUUAACAACUUUACAGCUCUAAUAAUACAUAAAUAUAAGAGUU